ACGGACCACCUGCAAUGACGCCGUGGACCACCGGUUGAAAACCGUUGAAAACCUCUGAGCUAAUCGAUGCAGACAUAGACGCUCCAUAUCAUCGACUGUAUCCAUAUCCUCGAUCGAUAAAUAGGUACUCGCUUGUUUUAGGCUGGCUCUCAGCGCGAGAGUCGACAGGCUGUUGACAUUUACUAGGGUCACCAAGUAGAAAGAGGUACUAGCAGUUUGCACUGCAAAAACAAAGAUUGUAGAUAUAAAGCUUAACAGUUCCAACGUUCCAGAAAUCUCAAGCAAUUCUAAAAAAAUUAUAAUGUUCGCUCAAAGUAUCAAAAAGUUUGUUUCUUUUCGAUGUAUCGCGCGCAGCGGGGUUUGGAUCAACAUCCCACAGACAUCCACCAACAUCGCUGUAGGUAGUCAGGCAAACACGUUCCACGCAUGUAAUUGCCAGUUGGGAAGUAACAAAUUGAUGAAAAUGUUAAAAGGAGAAAGGUCGAAGAAACAGUGGUACGAUACUCCGCCUCAGAAGCCACCGGGCAGCCACAGUAUCCUUAAACUAUCCAAGAAGCGCAACCCAGAAGAGAACUCACGGCUUCGUGUGCUGAAUGGCAUUCUCUUCAAGGCGAUUUCUGACUUGCUGGCUUCGCACGAAAUCAGUCCAGAACUACCUCAUCUAAAUGUGGAGAUUUCUAAGGUAUCAUUGUCUCCUGAUUAUUCUGCAUGUCGGAUCUAUUGGAAGACUUGUGGCACUUCGGAGAGGGAUGCCCAAAUUCAACAACUUCUGGAUAAAAGUGGCCCUCGUAUUAGGUAUCUUCUUACAUCUCAGCAAGUCCUUGGAAGUGUCCCUGCUAUAGUUUUCAUCAGGGAUAAACAAUAUGCUGCUCUUAAUGAGAUUGAUAACCUAUUGAAGGCAGCUGACUUUGGUCCAGAUGAAGAGUGGAUAGAGACAGCCAGUGUGAAGAAGAGUGGGGUUAAGUCACACUCAUCGGACCAUGCUGACCACCAGCAGCAGCCCUCCGAGAGGAAGGGGCCUGUGCUUUUUGGGGUGGACCACGAUGCCCUCCUCAAGCAGAUCGAGGAAUAUAAACAGCAGGCCCGAGACCCCCUCCCUCUGGCCUCUACUGCGGCCCUAACGCAGCAGCAGCUGGACGCUGUCGCAGAGUUCAGGAAGCACAAGCUGAUCGAGAAGAAAAUGAAGAAAUCCAAAAAGAUGAUCGAUGACGACAUCACGCCCAAAGCGUAUUUGCUGGCUAAACAUAGUGAGCAGAAACCGCUGGAGGACUUGGAUGAUGACCGUCAUGAAGAUAAUCAGAUCAGCGAACUCAUGGCUGAGGACAAUAGGAGGCCUUGAGUUGUGUUUGUGUCACAAUGCCAUGCUGCUCCUGAAUCACAAAACUAUCCUAACUGGAUCAUAAUGUAUUCAGUAACAUCAGUUUGUGUGUGAAAGUUCUGUAAAUAUGUACCUUGUAUGCGUUUAGAGAGUACUUAAAUUAAAUAUAACAUUCUUGUA